GCCAAGAAGAAGGCCACCGACGCUGGUGGCAAGAUCACUCAGGAAUACAGCUUGAUCAAGGGCUUCGCCGUUGAAUACCCCGAAGGCACUGUCUCAACUCUCGACCAGGACCCAUCGGUCAAGGCCGUCGAGGAGGACUCUGUGAUGCGAACGCAGUAG